AUGCCCCCCAAGUCCCUCUGCAACCUCUCCCAGCCCGCCGGCCUGAACCAGAGCGGCUUCUUCCCCGGGUUGUCGGACUGGGGUUUCCUGCCCGCCGCCGCCGCCUCCGAGGCGGGGACCCCCGCCGCCACCGCCCAGCUGGUGAUCCGCUGCGUGAUCCCGUCCCUCUACCUGCUCCUCAUCACGGUGGGCUUGCUGGGCAACAUCGUGCUGGUGAAGGUCUUCGUCACCAACAGCGCCAUGAGGAGCGCCCCCAACAUCUUCAUCUCCAACCUGGUGGCCGGGGACGUGCUACUGCUGCUCACCUGCGUGCCCGUGGACGCCUCGCGCUACUUCUUCGACGAGUGGGUGUUCGGGGAGGUGGGCUGCAAACUGAUCCCCGUCAUCCAGCUCACCUCCGUGGGCGUGUCCGUGUUCACGCUCACCGCCCUCAGCGCCGACAGGUACAAAGCCAUUGUAAACCCCAUGGACAUCCAGGCGUCAGGGGCGGUGCUGUGGACCUGCGUGAAGGCGGUGGGUAUCUGGGUGGUCUCGGUGCUGCUGGCAGUUCCCGAAGCUGUGUUUUCGGAAGUGGUGCGCAUCGACAGCUUGGAUAACGGCAGCUUCACAGCGUGCAUCCCCUACCCUCAGACUGACGAGUUACACCCGAAGAUCCAUUCAGUGCUCAUCUUCUUGGUGUAUUUCCUCAUACCCCUUGCUGUUAUUAGUGUUUAUUAUUAUCAUAUUGCAAAGACCUUAAUUAAAAGUGCACAUAAUCUUCCUGGAGAAUACAACGAACAUACCAAAAAACAGAUGGAAACUCGGAAACGCCUGGCUAAAAUUGUGCUGGUCUUCGUGGGCUGCUUUGCCUUCUGCUGGUUUCCAAAUCACAUCCUCUAUAUGUAUAGAUCUUUCAACUAUAGCAAGAUUGAUCCAUCUCUGGGCCACAUGAUUGCCACCUUAGUUGCCCGGAUUCUGAGCUUUUGCAAUUCUUGUGUCAAUCCAUUUGCCCUGUAUCUACUCAGUGAAAGCUUCAGGAGGCAUUUCAAUAGCCAGCUCUGUUGUGGGAGGAAGUCCUAUCCAGAGAGAUCAGCCAGCUACUUAGUCAGCUCUUCUGCAGUGCGUAUGACAUCUCUGAAAAGCAAUGCUAAGAACCCGGUGACCAAUUCUGUUUUGAUAAAUGGGCAUGGCAUGAAGCAGAAAAUGGCACUGUAA